UGGGUGUGAAUGUUAUUCAAAAUGGCGGCGCUGAUCUGUGCCUUAAAACCCUUCUUGCAAUUUACCGCUAACAGCGCCGUUUUCCUGCAAGAAAAAGCGUCAAAAUGUUAGAAACAAUUAGUGAAAGAGCUAGUCGACCUAUAAGUUGUCUGCACUAUUUUUAGGUAUUGCCAAUGCAAUUUAUUGACACUUUCCAAUCUAGGAGCUUGCGCGCUCAUCGCGGUCUGACUAACGUGGAAACUGCGAAGUUCGAACGAUGAUUUAGCAAUGUUGGCGAGCACUGUACUUAAGGCACUCAGGGUUCAUCAUCAUCUGCGAUCGACGAAUACUUACAUCAGGUCACAAAAUUGUGGUUUGGGUGCGUUUUCUUUUAGUCCUGGUGUGGAUGUCCAAAACGUACAAUCACAAAAUCUAAAAUUCUUGACAGACAAGUGGAUCCAUCGCUUAAAGAGAGAAAGUGUGCCUGAAGCAGAAUUAUCGGUAAAAUUCAUCACAGAACAUUUUCUUGGCAGGGAAAGAGCAGGGGUUUAUGGUGUAAAAGAAAACAGCCAGAAUUUAACAAGAGAGGAAGUCAAGAAAAUUAAUGAGCUGUGUCAUCAGAGAUUACAUAGAGUUCCUGUUCAGUAUAUUAUCGGCGAAUGGGAAUUCCGCCAUUUGACGUUGGCAAUGAAACCACCUGUUUUCAUUCCAAGACCAGAGACUGAGGAACUAAUUGAUCUGGUGGCUGAACAUCAUGUUCAAGAUGAAACUGGAGGUGAUUCCUUUUCAUUCUUGGAAAUUGGCUGUGGAAGUGGAGCCAUAUGUUUGUCUUUAUUGACUGAAUUUUCUAAGACCACAUGUGUAGCCAUUGAUAAGAAUAAAGCUGCUGUAAAUCUAACAAGGAAUAAUGCAAACAGAUGCAAUGUAAGUGACAGGAUAGAACUGCUUCAUGCCGAUCUCCAAUCCGUGCUACCGUUACUUGGGUCAAGAAAGUUUGAUGCCAUUAUCAGCAACCCUCCUUAUAUUCCCGCAAAAGACAUGGCUCUAUUACAACCUGAAAUUUCCAGAUAUGAAGAUGAACAUGCUCUAUGCGGAGGACCUGAUGGGUUGGAUGUUAUUAGAGACAUUUUACGUAUAUCGCCGGUGCUACUAAAGCCUGGAAGACGUAGCUCGGUAUGGUUAGAAGUUGACAUUUCUCAUCCUAAGUUGAUCGAUGAAUGGAUCAGUGGCAACGAACUUGGAUUGAAUUACUCUGCGACUUUCAAUGACUUCACACGAAGGCCAAGAUUUUGUCAUAUUACCCGAAAAUAACCAACUCUGUUACACGUCACAUGUCAAGGCCAGUGGUUUAUUCCGUGAAUUGGGCUGUCGAUGUUACUUUUGAAACGGAAUGGAUUGAUGGAAAGAAAGAAGAGCUCACCCAGUCCAGCUUGAUGUCUCAUGAAAAUUACGCUUAUGAACGUCAAGAAAGAGCAAAACACGUCUUUGCAAGUAUCGUACAAGGUAGACACGUGAAAAGUCAGACGUUGGUCAUUCAAUUUAGCACGUUCCGUAACAACCUUAGCAUAAGUAAGCAAAUUCUUCAUACUGUUCUCUAUACAUUUCCUAAGGUGCUGACAAGGAGAAUUUGUUUAACAAUCAGGAGAAACAUUUAGUCGGUGAUCAGUACCUUUUUCUUGUGACCUUAACGUGUGAUUCAGGAGUGAUAUUUAGUGGAGAAAUUAGACGCUUGUCACUCUUCGGGAUUAAGAGAAAAAAAAGCGCAUUACGAGUGUGUUGCUGUUCCAAACCCCUUCCCCCCCCCCCAACCCGAUGUUAUCACCAGGCCUUGAGCUUUGAGCUAGGUCCGCCACUGAUCAUAACAACUAAUCAGAACCAAGGAAAAAAUUACAAGAAUUCAAUGAAAACUUGGAGUAAAAGGGGAGAAUAUUGUCUGAAGUACAGAAAACGCAACUUAACUCUUGAUUGGUGUUACGUUUGAAUCUGAUUGGUUAGGACGAUGACGUGCCUUCGUUAGACCAAUCACAGAGCGAAUUGGUUAGUUUCGAAACUCAAUCGAAAUAACUGUGGUUAUCUUUUCCUAAGAGUGUAGCAGAUGAUGAGAGAAGAGUUUCCUGAUAUGACGCAGCGUUUCGUCUCGGUCGAGAGAGCCAUAUCAAAUACCUGUCGGAAUUUUCUAACAUCACGCUCAAAGUCCCGUUCGAAAAGUUCGAGAUGUUGUCAGUCAGAGCCUCUAUCACAGAACGAAUUUCCAACCGUACGUUCACAAUUUACAUUUAUGUAAUAAUAAUAAUAAUAAUUAUUAAAAAGAAAAAUUAGUCGUCU